UACCCCCUCCCCCAGCCCGCGCUAGCCCCCCCUUCCUGAUUCCUUUCCCACAGUGCACUACGCUGGCGGCGGUGGUUCCGCGCCCCCGCGCCCCCUGCUUCUGCCUCUCGCCCCAAAAUGGCGGACACAAUGAGCCGGAGCCGCGCCGGCUUGUCCUGAGGAGCCCGUGAGAAGACGCCUCGCGGCCCAGGCCGAGGGACGACGACGACGCCGCCGAGGAAGGAGACGAGGAGGACAGCGAGCCGGCCGUCCCGACUCUCCUCCGACCUCGCCUCUCCUCCCCCCCCCGGGGCCCCGCCCCGGCCUCCCCCGGCCCUCGCGGCCACCCUCCCUCCUUCCCUCCUUCCCGCCGCCACUGUCGCUCUCCGCCCCCGACCCCGCCGCGGCCUCCUCCUCGCCCGGCUCGUCUCCGGCGCCAUGAAGCUGACGGACAUCGUGCUGCGGAGCUUCCGCGUGGCCAAGGUGUUCCGGGAGAACUCGGACAAGAUCAACUGCUUCGAUUUCAGCCCCAAUGGCGAGACGGUCAUCUCGAGCAGCGACGACGACUCCAUCGUCCUGUACGACUGUCAGGAGGGCAAACCAAAGAGAACAUUGUACAGUAAGAAGUAUGGAGUAGACCUAAUCAGAUACACACAUGCAGCAAACACUGUAGUGUACAGCUCUAACAAAAUAGAUGAUACAAUCCGCUACCUGUCCUUGCAUGAUAAUAAAUACAUCCGGUACUUUCCUGGACACAACAAGAGGGUGGUAGCCUUGUCCAUGUCACCAAUAGAUGACACUUUUAUCUCUGGGUCUCUGGAUAAAACCAUCCGACUCUGGGACCUUCGGUCUCCUAAUUGCCAGGGCCUAAUGCAUCUCCAAGGAAAACCUGUUUGUUCUUUUGACCCAGAAGGGUUAAUUUUUGCUGCUGGCGUCAAUUCUGAAAUGGUUAAACUUUAUGAUCUUCGCUCCUUUGAUAAGGGGCCAUUUGCUACCUUCAAAAUGCAGUAUGAUAGGAACUGUGAGUGGACAGGCUUAAAGUUCAGCAAUGAUGGCAAACUCAUCCUUAUAUCUACCAAUGGCAGUUUCAUCCGUCUGAUCGAUGCAUUUAAGGGAGCAGUGAUGCAUACAUUUGGGGGAUAUAACAACAGCAAGGCUGUCACAUUGGAAGCCUCUUUCACUCCAGAUUCUCAAUUUAUUAUGAUUGGCUCUGAUGAUGGUAAGAUUCAUGUCUGGAAUGGAGAAAGUGGCAUAAAGGUGGCUGUUUUGGAUGGAAAACAUACUGGUCCCAUAACCUGUUUGCAAUUCAACCCCAAGUUCAUGACCUUUGCCAGUGCGUGUUCUAACAUGGCAUUCUGGCUUCCCACCAUCGAUGACUGAUCCCCCAUGAGCAGCGUCUGCACCUUGAAGGGCAGCCAGCACGAGGAGGAAAGAGGCUGGGUACUGGGACUGUGUUGUUCUCCCAACCCGAAGCUUCCUUCUCUCCAGCCCUUCUCAUGGACAUCGCUCCCCAUCCUUUUGAAAACAAACCCCACCAACACUCCUUGGCUGCAUUCCUUCUGAAGGACUCUCGGUGCUGCAGACCUGACUUGGAUCCAGCAUUUCCCGCAGCCUGUGACAAGCUCCUCCUGAAGGAUGAGCUGUGUCAGGCUCACGGGCAGCAGUGCGGACCCUUGGCAUAGCCUCCUCUUCUGAAUGUAUAGGGAGCCCAUAAAAUCUUGACUCCACAUAUCUUCUUUCCUGCACCCUGUCCCCAUAAAUGCAUGGAAAUUAGUUCUGGUUUUGAGAUACUAGUGCAGUUUCCCCUUUUCCCUCUGCAUGUGUCAUGAUUGAAUUUUCCCAGUAUUGUUGUGGCUUUAUUCCAUAGCCAUGGGUUUUCUUCUGUGCCAAAAGUUUAAGAAUAAUCAGUUCAGAUGUGGUAGGUACAGAGGGAAGGACAGAGCUAUGUAAGGUCUUGGUUUGCAAGGAACUCUGCAGACUGUUAGGGUGAGGGUGCCAGGUAUAGGCUUAGUUGUGUGGUUGACUCAGUCUGUUCCUUACUGACGUGGGGAGCAGAGAGAGAUCAAGGGGAUGUGAAGUGGUAACGGGUCAAGUGCCUCCAGCAGUCAAGGAGGCAUACCUCCUUCACAGACAGGGGGCCAGCCCUGUGUAAGUAAAUGGCAGCUGAGCUGGGCUACAGCCAGGUUGUCUCUGUCCAAUGAUCUUUUGUGUGUACAUAUUUAUGAGGGGGUGGGAGUGGGAGCCUAUUUUUUUACUUUAGAAAUCAAUAACUAUUUCAUGUGGGCCAGUAUUGUGGAAUGAGUCCAAAUUGUUUACACUGCUUUCUUUCCUCUGCCUUCCUUUCUCCCAUCCCAAAAAAAGAAAUCCUGUAAAUAACUUGCAGAUAGUCCUACCCCUAUCUCCAGCCACCCAAACCCACAAAGCUGAUUCUCGGCUUGUAUUUUUGUUAGUGUCUAGCCUUUUUAUAUGACUUUUUCUUAUUUUACAUUUCAGCUCUGUGUGUGCACCUUCGUUUUAAAAACAAAACUUACACGUUGUAACAUCAGGCUUUAGUACACAAUAGUUUUAUGAUCUCUUGUUCUCACCUGAAUCUUGGUGUUGUUGAUUUUUUAGCUGGGCCUGGGCCACAGGAGAAAAGCUCUCACCUUUGAGAUGAAAGGCAGCCUGUUUUUCUACCUGAGAGUGUUGCCACAAGUAUUAGAAAGUUUUCCCUCUUUUCCUUUUACAUUUUUUGGAAAACGAGCACGAUUGCUGCCUAACUUGGAGACCAUUGAUUGGCUCCCUCAGAUGAUCACUGGCAAGCUCACGAGAGCCACUACUCUGUAUUUUCCCAGCCUUUAUAGUGGAAACCUCUCCAGUAUUAGUCCCUGUUGUACUCUAGCCCAGUCUGUCUUUGCGCAUGUGGUGUGAACAAAAGUCACUCUGCAUGAUAAUGUCUCAGAAAUUGUGAUUCCCAAACCAGUGGUUUCAGUUUGUAAAUAGCCUCUGUGCUAAUUAUAUUGUGCACACUUAUUGCUUGUAUCUGUGUUCUUUGCAUUCCUUCAGGGGUAAAUAAGAAGAGAAAGUUGUGUUUCUCCUGUGUGGAAAGGAGUUUUUAUUUUUUUUUAAGGGUAGAAGUCAGUAUGUGGUGGGAAGGCAGCAAUUACUUUUUUAGAGCUAGGUAGAAGGGACAUUUCAAGUAGGGGACGUAAAUAAGGCCAUGUAUGUACACUACAUCAGACAGUGCAGGUUGGCUUUUUUUAAAAACACAUUAGAUUCUUACUAUCUUUAAGCCACCAGGUUGGAGUAGGAGAUCAAGGGGUAAGGUUAACAGUUCUGGAGUAAUAAUUUAUUUACUUUUGUUUAUUAACAAGGGAGGGGUCCCUCCAUAUCCAUUGCUCAAUGUACGUUCAACAAAAGAUGUGGUUUUCCCUUGCUUUAGAGGGUUAGAUGAAAAGUACAGUGUAGAGAGAACUACUUAGGUCUUAGAGGUGGUAUCUAUUUGCUUUGGGGAUG